AUGAAGAAAUUAUCUUCGAUGUUUACUAUUUCCAGUGAAGUUCGAGGAAUUACUGUUCUUACGGACAAUGAAAAAAAGUUAUUCAACAAAGAAAUCACUCUACCGGUCGUAAUUGUACCGCCGAAGGUUAUCAGUCGUCUAAUUGGGUGUAAGGAAAUAGCAGAUAGAACGGUAGAACGAUUUUGUAAUAAAAUUAAGCCUGUCAUAAAUAUUCCAAGACAAAGCGAAAAAGCUAUUGUAUUUAAUCCCGAAAAGAUGGAUGGAAAUACAAGAAAUGUUGUUUUGAACACUAUAGAAAACUUGACGGGUCUUACAGCCAAGUUUGAUUCUUACAAUAUAACCUUGAAUUAUGACGACUGGUCUGUAAAAUCGUGUAUUACUGCAAUUUUACCGGAAGGACUCGAAUUCGGCGGUUUCUCUCAGAUUGGUCAUAUUGUCCAUGUGAAUUUGCGAGAAGAGCUACUUUUUUAUAAAAAAGCUAUUGGGAAAAUACUUCUCGACAAAAUCAGCAGUUGUAAGACAGUUGUUAAUAAGUUGGAUGCAAUCGGACAUAAAUAUCGUACAUUUGAACUUGAUUUGCUUGCUGGUGAGGAAAAUUAUAAGACUGAGGUGCAUGAAGAAAAACUACGUUAUCAGCUGGAUUUUAGUGAGGUGUUUUAUAACCCAAGAUUAAGCACAGAACAUAAGAGGAUAGUGCGAAAAAUUGGUAAGCGGUCAAUUUUUUAUGAUUGCUGUGCUGGUAUUGGACCUUUCGUUUUACCGGUAAUAAGGAAUGGUGUUCAUCAUGUUUUAGCAAAUGACCUAAAUCCGAAUUGUAUUGAUUAUCUCAAGCGAAAUAUGGAACUGAAUCGUUUAUCAUUCGAGCGGCUGAAAUUGUAUAACAUGGAUGGAGCCAUAUUUAUCAAGAAUGUUAUCGCAGAUGAUUUGACAAAUGAAGCAAAAAAUUACAAUAUCUGUAGUUCUACAGAUAACAUUCCCACAGAUGCACAUGUAGUAAUGAACUUACCAGGCAUGUCAUUAGACUUUCUUCCUCAUUUUCGGGGUUGUCUACAUGAUAAACUCAAUUUGUCAGGCACUACCCUUCCAUUUCCGUUGUUUGUGCAUUGUCAUUUCUUUGUAAAAGCACCGGGUGAUUUGGAGGAUAACUGGUACUUCAAUGAAGCACAAAAUUUGAUACGCAAAAGUAUUGGUAUCUCGGAGUUGAAUUUCACUGAAGUACGUUUUGUUCGAAAAGUUGCUGGACGUAAGAAUAUGUUUUGUGUUACAUUUCGACUUCCUGAUGAAUUUCUGUUCUCCUCUGAUAACCAAAAACGUAAAGUCGAUGGAGCCAACAGUGAAGAACUGGCGGAAGCAAAAAGAUUCAGUGGUGACAUCAGCAAUGAUGAACAACGAAACCAUCCUCAGCAAAUAGUUUGCGAAAUACGGAUUGAUCAGUUAGAGCCUGAGCUAAAGAAAAACAAAUCCAGUUAA